GUUUGCAACACUGGAAUCCCAUUUAUUCUAGAUCCUCCGAAAAGAAAAGUUCGCACGCACUGCACGUAAAUUUUGAUUCAAAGCAGGGAAAAAUUAAAACUUUUGGAUGAAGAUGCAUUUGUUUGAUAUGCCAAAGGAGAUUUUUAUGGACAUUUUGGAGCACUUAAGCUACGAAGAAAUAUCUAAAGCAAGGCUGGUUUGUCGCCGAUUCGAUCAACAAUGUCAGCAAGUCCUUAACAGGGGCUUUAACAAAGCCAUGAAGCAGCAUAGCUUGAGCUUUAAACGCAUCAAGGCCUUACUACCAAGACGAGAAUCUGAAAGACGUAACCACAAUUUGGCGCGUCAUGCCGAUAUUUUAACAUCUGUCGAGACUCGACUUUCAAUGCUUUCAAUGACUUACGGCAAAUAUAUGGACUUAAAUAUAUGCUGUUUUAUACCAGGUCGCGUAUUAGAUGAGAUCUUUCGCAUUUUAGUGCUUAUAUCCACCACGAACAAACCUUUGAGGCCUCAUGAAGUAUUGCAAGAAUUAAGAGACAUAUCUUCAAUGGCUAUCGAACACUUUGAUGAUAAAAUAAUAAACACUUUGAAAAAGUCAAUUGUCGAUAGUAACGAUAGGUCAUAUGCCAGCAGUUCAAGUAGUAGUAGUAGCUGCGCUUUCCACAAUGUGGCCAGUACUAGUGGCUUGGGUAGCAUUUCAUUCAACGCUAUGGGCGAAGAAAUUUCCUCUGUUUUCAGACCAUAUAAUUAUGGAACCCCCGGAUAUAUAGAUAGCAAACGCGUUGGUCAGGUAAUGCAUGUAAAAGUUUUAAAAAGCAACGUUGUCAGAGAACCUCAUCAACACAAACACGGUGGAACGCAACAACUGUCCACUGGGCGAUGUUCAGAGGCUAAAGCAGCAAUGCAUUAUUUCAGGAAACUUGAAGUUGAAUAUAAAAGGGGUAUUGUUCAGAUGCAUCGUAUGCAGCAAUUACAAACUUUACAAUCAAAACGCUUGCAACAGGCAUUGAAUGCCCUUGCUGAAUAUAAAACUGAAAUUGUUGAAUUAAAAAAACGUUUUGAAGACGUUGAUGCUAAAAAUCGUGAAAUUUCAGCAAAUAUGAAGCACAUUAAUCCAACCUCAGGCGACAAUAAGCCGCCAUCACCGCCCCAAUCAUCGUCAGCUGUCCCUACAAUUAUGACAAGAGAUGAUUUGAUUGGCGAGCAGCCGACUUCUACAAAGAAUAUAAAAGUAAAUUCUGAUGGUACGAUAAUUAAACGUCCUUAUAGCGAUGGCGAUGAAACAAGCAAUAUGGAAGAAAACAAUGUAAUCGAUAGUAACAGUAGUAAUUUGCCUAAGAAACCUAAAGUCUAAUUCAGAAUCCAAAAAUAUGUUAAUUAUAUUAUCUGCCUUUUGUGUUAACUAGAUAUGCUACUCUGUACAGCAGAUGCAAGAUUUAAGCCUUGCAUUAGUUUAAAACUAUUCAGUUAACAAUAAAAUUCAUUUAUUUGACUUUGAAAUAAAAUCAAUGAGAAAAAUAUGCUCA